AAAUUUCUCACAUUCCUGUUCAGAACUCCCAAAGAUUUCUCCGAUAUCAGAAAUGGCGAAAUCCACCGCUGUUGUUGCAAAGAAGGAUAUCAAGUCCUCAACUCUCGCAUCCCCUGCUCUUCAUCCUCCUUACUUCGAGAUGAUCACAGAAGCCAUAUCCGCGUUGAAGGAGAGGAACGGGUCGAGCCAGCAAGCGAUAGCGAAAUUCAUCGACGAAAAGCACGGAGAAGUUCUGCCCCCAAAUUUCAAGAAACUCCUGUCCGUACAACUGAAGAAGUUUGUCAAGUCGGAGAGGCUAUUCAAGGCCAAGAACUCGUUCAAGAUUUCCCCGGCGGAGCAGAAGAAGAAAAAGGAUCCGAAGCCGAUCGCGCCGAAGGAGAAAUUAAAAUCGGCGGAGAAAAUUCCGGUGAGUAAGGAGGCCAAGAAGGCCGUGAAGAAGACGAAGCGGUUGAGUCAGGUGAAGACUCCGGAAGCGUUGAAGAGGAAGACUGGGAAGCCAAUUGAUUCUUCAAAAACCAAGGGUUCUAAGAGGGCUAGAAACUAGAAAGUGAUGCUUAACUGUUUAUUAUAUUUAUUGUUUGGAAAUUGGUGUUAUAAGUACUGACUAUUACGACUACGACUGUUGUCAAUUUGGUAGGUUUAGUAUUGUUGCCAGUUCUGCCAAUUGAUGUGGUUUAACUUUAGGUCUUGAUUAAUGGCAAAGAUGGCAAUUUGCGUUUGCUCAAUUAUAUAUGUUCUUAAACGAAUCUCUAAUAUAUAUAUAUGAUUUUUAGUUGGA